UGAUCACGAGUUUGUUAGAGUGAAACAGAGAAUCGAAUUUCCAUUCUGAAAAUCUAACUAACUUCAUUACUUACUUAGUUAUUACUCUUUCUUUCUUUCCAUAAACCACAGAUCCACAGUCUCUUACCUUUUUUUUUCUUUUCGUUUUUCCAUUUUCCCGAGAAAGUGUGGGAAAACAAUGGAAAACUUUAACAAAGCCUUCGAGAAAGUGAAAAUAAUGGUAGGAAUGGAAGUCGAAGACGAAGAGCAACAAUUGGAAAGCCAAAACUCGUUUGCUUUCAUGGACGAUUUCAACCGCGACUGCACCUUGUCAACCAAACAGAGAUUAUAUGGUUUUGCCAUAUGCUUUGCUGCUGGAGUAACCUGUACAUUGUUAUCUAUGCUUGUUUUCCUGAAACCAAUAAAGUUUGGGAUAGCCUUCACUCUUGGCAAUUUGCUUUCACUUGGAAGCACAGCAUUCCUCAUAGGUCCUAAAAGACAAGUAUCGAUGAUGCUUGAUCCUGUUCGCAUUUAUGCAACAGCCAUAUACAUCGCAAGUAUGAUAAUUGCCUUGUUUUGUGCACUUUAUGUUCAUAACAAGCUACUGACACUUCUUGCCAUUAUCUUGGAGUUUGGGGCACUAGUUUGGUAUAGCUUAAGCUACAUCCCUUUUGCAAGGUCCAUGGUCUCAAAGAUCAUGGUUUCAUGCUUUGACACUGAAUUUUAGCUUACACACUCAAAUGACUAUAGCAUCCUGCAUUGAUACCCUCAAUAUACUUUCAAUCCUGAAGAAAGACUGUGCUGCCGUAAUACAGGAUGGGUUGUGAUUCAUCCUUUCCUGCCCCUUUCUUUUCUGGAAUCUUGUCUAGGUUUCAUUUGUUUGUUAGAAGUAAAAUCUUGUGCAUUUGUAUAAUGUUGUCGAUGAGCUAAUGUAAAGAGUUUUGUUUAUCUCAACUUGUUCUCUUUUCUUUGCCUGUUUUUUUUUCCACUUCAGUUGUUUUCAAAUGAUCAAAUCACAGUCGUGCUUUCAGUAAGGCCGUCAUUUAUCUGCAACCUUUUAUUCGAAAGACAAAAAGGAGUAUUGAGGCAUUCUUGAAUGCCUUAGGUGCAACAAUUUUGUUUGUAAUUGGACUAAUUUCAGAAGAUGGUUUUUAUUAUAAGUCUUUUAAUGGACUGUUUUGUAAUGGUUUUCUUUUUCAACCCUUUCCCCUGUAUAGUCUGGUGGAUAAAUUGGAAACUAUAUUGAGUUUGAUUAAA